UGAAACUUUUAAUCUAUCAUUAAAUCAUGUGUAUUUUUACUACGUAUGUAUUACAAACCUGUAGUUGUGUGAAAGAUAUAGAGAUCUAAAAUAUACACCACCUUAGCAUGGACACGGCUAGUGGAAAUAUAAUAUAUGAUAAAAGUUCCUAUUCUGUUGCUCAGCAACCAUUCCUUCCAAAAUCUUUCUUUCAAAAGAUGAAGGAAUAUUUUACACAGCCAACGUCUGUUAAUACACAACCUGAUGUAAAUGUAAUACAAGAAGGGGAAAUCUUACAUGUUUUAAUCAAUAAAGGUAGAGAGGGACAAACGAAUGUAAAGAUAAAGAUACCGUCAAAUAGUAUACUGCAACAUAUUACCAGAACACAAAACAUAACUGAAUUGAAAGUAUUGUUUGGAGACAUCUUAUCUAGAACAGAAAACCACGAAAACACUCUGAACAGAAUUUUCAACCAUAAUUCAGAUCUUAAAUUAGGAAACCAGGCCUGUUUAACUAAAAAGGCUAGAACAAAAAACCACGAGAACGCAAAUAAUAGAAAUAUCAGCAAGAAGUCAGAUCUACAGUCGGCAAAUGAGUCAUGUUCAUCACGUAUAGAUGAUUCCAAUUUUCAAGCUUCGAAUAUACCUCCGUGCUUGGAAAAUACGUUCAGCGAUACAGAAAAUGGCUACUCGAAUGAAGAACACUAUGAUGAAAAUAAGACGCUAUAUCAUCGAGGAUUUCCAGUAGAAUUGGUAUCAUACAGCUCGAAAAUAUUUCAUUUUAAUGGCAGUUCAUCUUUACUAGAAUCGGUUACGUUUAUCAAGGAAAAUAGAUCUCGGAAAAGAGAGACAUUAUUUCUGUUUCACAUGAAAGGUGUGCUGUAUUCUCCCUGUGCUCUGGUGCAUUUAGAUAUAGAGGAUAUUGAAAAAACAAACUUUAUCGAUAUAUUGUGUAUUUCCGAAACAGAAAGUGAGGUCAGAGUGGAGGUUUUAACAGGUCUCAGUAGAUAUACGGCAUUCCAGUUCGCAAAACUACUGCAGUUGCUUAACAAUGGUCAAAGGGUUAGAAAGUUGAAAGACCUAAUUCCAUGUAUACAAUUAGAGAUCCAGAAAAUAGACGAUCUGGAAUUUCCGGAACGUGUCAAAACAGAGAAUGAGGGGUUCAUUAAAACAUGUUACAGUCUUAAUCAAGAUUUAUAUGGUAAGCAAAGUAUAUCGAGCAAAAUUAAGGACAUAGAAGAUACCUUAGCCGAGAUUAUUAAGAGACUCCAACAAGAGAUAAACAAGAUUCAACAGGAUAUACAUUUCAACAUGGACACAACCAAAGACAAAAUUGAUGGAAAAAGUUCUAAUACUAAAUUUUCCACUUAUAGUAGGUGGACUGACCGUACAAAACUGGUAAAUAGUAAAGUAAGAACACAAUCAGACCGUCCAACAUGGAAAAUAUGCUUAUAUAAUCGGGAAGAUGAAACUGAAGGGGUAUUGAGUGAAUAUUUAGGUGAUCCUUUGAUAGGUCAGUCAAUUUAUGAGUUCUUUGGACAAUAUAUUGACUGUGGAUACAAAGGUUCAUUUGAGGGACCACACAUAACCUGGCCAAGUAUGCAUCCUCUCUUGCCAUACAAAUGUAGAUAUCUAGACAACAGAGGAUCUUAAUUUCUAUUGACCACGAAUCGUCACAUGAACAUCGAAUACAUGUAACUAAUACAUGUAUUCUACUGAUUAUAAUAAGUUUGAUAAGGACGAUUGGUCUAUUAAUUGUAGUAUUAAACCUCCAAAUUUUAUAUAAAAUGCGCAACAAAACUGUUACAGUAGUGCCAAUAAACAUGGCGUACAAUGGCGAAUUUAAUACAUUUCUGAAAGUAUAAGGUAUUUAAAAUAACUUAAUUUUACAUACACUAGAAUUUACAGAAAAUAAACGCAUGUCAUCACACCGGUUACGUGUAUUUUAGUGCGGUCGCAAAAGAAAAACAAUAUUUAUGAUUAAGCACACAGAAUGUACUGGGGAUAUAUAUAGUUCAAGGAAAAUGACGACUGUAUACUUUCUAUCACCAAUGAAUCUUAUAGGUUUAUGUCAAUUUAUGCCAUAUCAUUUUGUAUGAAUUACGUGAAUAGCAACAGAAUACAGGGCGAUGCUUUUUUUCAAAAUAUGAAAUAGUAUCUCAAUCAUUUAAAAACAAUAAUUUCUGUUAUAAACAAAAAAUAGGCAUAUGAAUUGUUAUAUUAUUCAUUUGAAAACGAUUGUGUACUAUUUUAUGAAAAUUGCUAGAAAAAGGUACCGUUUUCAAAGGAUUAUUUCAAAGAUUAUUAGUAGGAACUGUUUAAUUUCAAACCAAAAUGGUUGGGUAUAUUUAAAGGUAUGGGCUUCAAUAUUAGGGUGGAGUAGGAACUCAUGCUUAUCAUUUAGAUCAUCUGAAAUGACCCCAAUAUAUUCAGAGGUUCUUACUAUUUAGUUUGGUAAUGCUAAUUGUCAAAGGCCGUAUUGUGAUCUAUUAUAGUUGCUUGCAUCCGCGUCAUUUGAAUGCUGGUUGCUAGUUUUCAACCUGGCAAUCAUACAAUAUCUAUUUUUGUUAAUAUUGUUUUACGUUUUGCUGGUUUAUUGGGUAUUGUAUUGUCUGCUUUGUUUUAUUAUUUAACCUCAUUGUUUACUACUUAGAUUGUUUCUACUCAUUUUUAAUGAAUCUUGAUUUGUAAGUUGACAUUCAAAUAUAUAUAAUGCAUUUUCGUGGAAUGAAUAAAUUGUUUGAUUCUAUUGUA